CGCCACGGAACAAAAUUUACGUGGUCAUUGCAGGUACGACGAACCCCGACGCUGCAAUCGUACCAUGUUGGACGACCGCGAAGGGCUCCUCGUCAAGCCCGACGCCGACGACAGUGAUGCGUACGCCAAUGGCGUCCCGGUCCUCUUGCAUUGGCGCCACAUUGGGCUCGUCGCCAACUACGCAGUCGUCGGGCUGCUCAUGGGCACGUUUCCGCGGUGCAUUUACCCGUACUUCCGCAUGUACCUCAACAUGGACGGGUACCAAGUAAGCGCGGCCAAGACGCUCAUCGGCAUUGCGUGGAGCUUCAAGAUCGUCGUCGGUGUCCUUAGCGACUCGGCGCCGAUCUGCGGCUACCGGCGCCGCCCGUACAUCUACCUUGGCUGGCUCCUCUGCUUUGGCUUCCUCCUGACGAUGGCGCUACUGCCGCCCGAGACGCCGUACUACGCCGACGGUCAGAUACGCACAGUUGCCAACGCGUCGCUUCGCCGGAUCCAAAACCACGACGCACCCUUUGACGGCGUCACGUACCUCCUCCUCCUCAUGGGCGCCACCGUCGGGUACGUCAUGGUGGACGUCGCGUGCGACGCCGUCAUGGUCGAGCUCGCGCGCACCGAGCGCAUCGACGUCCGCGGCCACACGCAAACGCUGUCGUAUGUCACCAAGUGGCUCUUUGCCAGCGUCGCGAGCGGCGUCGUCGGCCUCACGCUCAACGGAGCCGCGUACGGUGGCGACUUUGACUGGAGCAUCUCGUUCAACGCGCUCAUGGGCGCAUAUUCGCUGGUCGUUCUCGCCGUGCUCCCGAUCGCGGGCUGCGUCCCCGAUACGAUCCCUUUGGGCAUGCCGUCGCUAGCGACCAAGUGCCACCAGCUCUAUCUGCUUUGUCACCAGCGCGCGCUGUGGCAAAUCAUGAUCUUCCAGUUCCUCAACACGUUCUUCUUUAGCUUUGAAGCGACGCCGGGCGCUGUCGUGCAGUCCGAGUGGGCCAAAGUCAAGCCGAUCAACGAAGCGCUCUUCUGCAUCCUCUCGUGUUGGCUUCUCGCGGCCGGUAUGCUCAUCACGAAGCUCUACUUUCUACAGCACGACUGGCGACUGCUCAUCUUGAUCACGUCACUCUUUGUGGUCCUCAUUGAUGGCGGCGUGAGCUACCUCACCAUCUACGGCUUCAUUCGGAGCGAGUGGUUCUUCCUUGGCGGCCCGGCCCUCGCCCACCUCCCCGACGGCGUCCGGUCCAUCGUCACGAGCUUUGUCAUUGUCGAGGUCGCCGAUGCAGGCCACGAAGGCGCCACGUAUGGUCUCCUCACUACCGUCGGCAACCUCGCCGAACCCUUUGCCGUCGCGCUGUCCAAGGUCGUCGACGCCCCCUUCAACGUCUUCCAAGACCAAGUCGUCACGGACACGCCAGCUGUCCGCGACCGCGUGGCGUGGACGUUUGGGAUCAUGUAUGCCAUGAAGCUGCUGAGUCUUGGCACGCUGGUGCUCUUGCCGAGCCAGAAGGCGGCCGCGCAGCACCUCCGCGCGCACGGCGGCGCGCACCGUGGCAUGGCCAACGUGACGCUGUCAAUGGCGGCGCUUUGCCUGCUCUUUGGCAUCGUCACCAACCUCCUCUCGGUGUUUCCGUCGACGGCGUGCCUUGUCGUCGCCGGCGGUGAAGGCUGCAAGUAAAGCGUAGCGUGCUACAUUUCAACAAUGGAUGUUUCGUCUGUGUCA